CGAAACAGACCAACAGACCCUGCUCCAGCCCCGUCAGCCUCGGUCUGUGGAGGGGCGUCUCUCCUGCGUGGCCUAGUGGCCACUAGAAGGGGAUGUCACUGUGUCCAUGGCCCCCACUCUUGUCCCAAAGUCCCUCCCGGAACCCCAGUUUCAGGCAGGCGCUGUCGCAGUUCGCGGAAAAGCGAGAAUUCAUCCCAAAGGCCCUGGGAGGACAGCUCGGCGGGGCGGGACCGGGGCGGAGCGCGGGGACGGGGGCGGCUCCGGGCGGUCGCUCGGCUUGUCUCGGGCUGGGUAGCCGACCGCGCCUACCUUCCUCGCCGCCGCGCUUCGGCCCCAUGGACGCCCUGUGCGGCUCCGGGGAGCUCAGCUCCAAGUUCUGGGACUCCAAUCUGUCCAUGCACACAGACAACCCGGACCUCACUCCCUGCUUCCAGAACUCCCUGCUGGCCUGGGUCCCCUGCAUCUACCUGUGGGCCACCCUCCCCUGCUACCUGUUCUACCUGAGGCACCACGGUCACGGCUACAUCAUCCUCUCCCACCUCUCCAAGCUCAAGACGGCCUUGGGCGUCCUGUUGUGGUGUGUCUCCUGGACUGACCUCUUCUACUCCUUCCAUGGCCUGAUCCACGGCCGGGCCCCUGCCCCUGUCUUCUUUGUCACCCCCUUGGUGGUGGGGGUCACCAUGCUGCUGGCCACCCUGCUGAUCCAGUACGAGCGGCUGCGCGGGGUGCAGUCCUCGGGGGUCCUGAUCAUCUUCUGGUUCCUGUGUAUGGUCUGCGGCAUCAUCCCUUUCCGCUCCAAGAUCCUCUCUGUCCUGGCCAAGGGCGAGAUCGAAGACCCCUUCCGCUUCACCACCUUCUACAUCCACUUCGCCCUGGUGCUCUUUGCCCUCGUCCUGUCCUGCUUCAGGGAAAAGCCGCCACUUUUCUCCCCAAAAGAUGCCGACCCUAACCCCUGCCCAGAGGCCAGUGCUGGCUUCAUCUCCCGCCUGACUUUCUGGUGGUUCACAAAGAUGGCCAUCCGCGGGUACCGGCGCCCCCUGCAGGAUCGAGACCUCUGGUCCCUGAACAAGGAGGACCGCUCCCAGAUGGUGGUGGAGAGGCUGUUCAAGGCAUGGAAGAAGCAGCAGAAGAGGGCAGCAGGGACCAGACACCAGCCUGAGGCAGCAUCUGGGAAGAGAGUCUCCGGUGAGGAUGAAGUGCUGCUGGGGGCCCGGCCCAGGCCCCCGGAGCCCUCCUUCCUGAAGACCCUGAUAGCCACCUUUGCGCCCAGCUUACUCAUCAGCAUCUGCUUCAAACUGAUCCAGGACCUGCUCGCCUUUGUCAAUCCGCAGCUGCUCAGCGUCCUGAUCAGGUUUAUUUCAAACCCCACCGCCCCCACCUGGUGGGGCUUCCUAGUGGCCGGGCUGAUGUUCGUGUGCUCCAUAAUGCAGACUCUGAUCCUACACCAGUAUUUCCAGUGCAUCUUUGUAAUGGCGUUGAGGAUUCGCACGGGGGUUGUGGGUAUCAUCUACAGAAAGGCUCUGGUCAUCACCAAUUCAGUCAAACGUGAGUCCACUGUGGGAGAAAUUGUCAACCUCAUGUCAGUGGACGCCCAGCGCCUCAUGGAAGUUGCUCCCUUCCUCAACCUGCUGUGGUCAGCACCCUUGCAGAUCUUCCUGGCAAUCUACUUCCUCUGGCAGAACCUGGGUCCCUCCGUCCUGGCUGGAGUCGCUCUUAUGGUCUUGCUGAUCCCACUCAAUGCAGCUGUGGCCAUGAAGAUCCGUACUUUCCAGGUAAAGCAAAUGAAGUUCAAGGACUCACGCACCAAGCUGAUGAACGAGAUCCUGAGUGGCAUCAAGGUGCUGAAGCUGUAUGCCUGGGAGCCCAGCUUCCUGAAACAGGUGGAGGGCAUCCGGCAGAACGAACUCCGGCUGCUGCGCCAGGCCGCCUACUUCCACGCCGUGUCUACCUUCAUCUGGACCUGCACCCCUUUCCUGGUGACCCUGAUCACCCUCGGGACGUACGUGACUGUGGAUUCAAACAACGUGCUGGACGCUGAGAAGGCCUUUGUGUCCAUAUCUCUGUUUAAUAUCUUAAAGAUGCCCCUCAACAUGCUUCCCCAGUUAAUCAGCCUCAUGGCCCAGACCAGCGUGUCUCUGAAACGGAUCCAACAUUUCCUGAGCCAAGAUGAGCUUGACUUCGAGUGUGUGGAAAGAAAGACCAUCGCCCCAGGCCAUGCCAUCACCAUACACAACGGCACCUUCACUUGGGCCCAGGACCUGCCCCCCGUCCUGCACAGCUUAAACAUCCAAGUGCCAAAAGGGGCACUCGUGGCCGUGGUGGGGCCCGUAGGCUGUGGGAAGUCCUCCCUGGUGUCUGCCCUGCUGGGAGAGAUGGAGAAGCUGGAAGGCAAGGUGUAUAUGCAGGGCUCUGUGGCCUACGUGCCCCAGCAGGCGUGGAUCCAGAACUGCACUCUUCAGGAAAAUGUGCUGUUUGGCCAAGCCCUGGACCCCAAGCGCUACCAACAGGCGCUGGAGACCUGUGCCCUGCUAGCCGACCUGGAGGUGCUGCCUGGCAGGGACCAGACAGAGAUUGGAGAGAAGGGCAUUAACCUGUCUGGGGGCCAGCGGCAGCGGGUCAGUAUGGCCCGAGCUGUUUACAGUGCUGCCGACAUUUUUUUGUUGGAUGACCCACUGUCAGCCGUGGACUCCCAUGUGGCCAAGCAUAUCUUUGACCAAGUCAUCGGGCCAGAGGGUGUGCUGGCAGGCAAGACGCGGGUGCUGGUGACGCAUGGCAUCAGCUUCCUGCCCCAGACAGACUUCAUCAUAGUGCUGGCUGACGGACGGGUGUCUGAGGUGGGCACCUACACAGCCCUGCUGCAGCGCAACGACUCCUUUGCCAACUUCCUCCGAAACUACACACUGGAUGACAGUGGGGAGCACCUGGAGGAGGACAGCAGGGCCACUUUGGAGACUGUAGACGACGAGGAGAUGCUGCUGAUUGAAGACACGCUCAGCAGUCACACGGACAUGAUGGAGAAUGAGCCAGUCAUGUAUGAGGUCCAGAAGCAGUUUAUGAGACAGCUGAGUGCCAUGUCCUCGGAAGGGGAGGGCCAGGGUCGGCCUGUGUCCCGGAGACGUGUGGGUCCAGCAGAAAAGGUAGUGCCCGUAGCAGAGGCGAAGGCAAGCGGGGCACUGAUCCAGGAGGAGAAGAUGGAGACGGGCACUGUGAAGCUGAGUGUGUUCUGGGAUUAUGCCAAGGCCAUGGGACUCUGUACAACACUGGUCGUCUGUCUGCUGUAUGCGGGUCAGAGUGCAGCUGCCAUUGGGGCCAACGUUUGGCUCAGCGCCUGGACUAACGAGGCCAUGGUGGACAGCCGCCAGAACAACACCUCCCUGAGGCUGGGUGUCUAUGCCACCUUGGGAAUUCUGCAAGGGUUCCUGGUGUUGCUGGCAGCCGUCACGAUGGUGGUGGGCAGCGUCCAAGCUGGGCGCUUGCUUCACCAGGCGCUGCUACACAACAAGAUGCGCUCACCACAGUCCUUCUUCGACACGACGCCCUCAGGCCGUAUCCUCAACCGCUUCUCCAAGGACAUCUACGUCAUCGAUGAGGCUCUGUCUCCCGGCAUCCUCAUGCUGCUGGGUACCUUCUUCAACGCACUCUCCAUCCUCGUGGUCGUCAUGACCAGCACACCGCUCUUCGCGGUGGUCAUCCUGCCCCUGGCUGUCCUCUACAUCUUGGUGCAGCGCUUCUAUGCAGCCACAUCACGGCAACUGAAGCGUCUGGAAUCGGUCAGUCGCUCGCCCAUUUAUUCACGCUUUUCGGAGACGGUAACUGGCUCCAGCGUCAUCCGGGCUUAUGGCCGCAGCCAGGACUUCAUAGCCCUCAGUGAUGCUACAGUGGACACGAACCAGAGGAGCUGCUACGUCGAUAUCGCCUCCAACCGGUGGCUGGGGGUCCAUGUGGAGUUCACGGGGAACUGUAUUGUGCUCUUUGCUGCCCUCUUUGCUGUGAUUGGGAGAAGCAGCCUGAGUCCGGGGCUGGUGGGCCUUUCUGUGUCCUAUGCCCUACAGGUGACAUUUAUUCUGAACUGGAUGAUCCGAAUGAUGUCAGCCUUGGAGUCUAAUAUCGUGGCCGUGGAGAGAGUCAAGGAGUACUCCAAGACAGAGACGGAGGCCCCUUGGGUGGUGGAGGGCCGCCGCCCCCCCGCAGGCUGGCCCUCGCAGGGCGAGGUGGAGUUCCGCAACUACUCUGUGCGCUACCGGCCGGGCCUGGAGCUGGUGCUGAAGGAUCUGAGUCUGCGCGUGCGCGGUGGUGAGAAGGUGGGGAUCGUCGGCCGCACUGGUGCUGGCAAAUCGUCCAUGACCCUCUCCCUGUUCCGCAUCCUGGAGGCCGCAGAGGGGGAAAUCCGCAUUGACGGCCUCAACGUGGCGGACAUAGGACUCCAUGACCUGCGUUCUCAGCUGACCAUCAUCCCCCAGGACCCCAUCCUCUUCUCGGGGACCCUGCGUAUGAACCUGGACCCCUCUGGCAGUUACUCAGAAGAAGACUUAUGGCGGGCCUUGGAACUGUCCCACCUGCACGCGUUCGUGAGCUCGCAGCCAGCGGGCCUGGACUUCGAGUGCUCCGAGGGUGGGGAGAAUCUCAGCGUGGGCCAGCGGCAGCUCGUGUGCCUGGCCCGAGCCCUGCUCCGCAAGAGCCGCAUCCUGGUUUUAGAUGAGGCCACGGCCGCCGUCGACCUGGAGACUGACGACCUCAUCCAGGCUACCAUCCGCACCCAGUUUGAGAGCUGCACGGUGCUGACCAUCGCACACCGGCUCAACACCAUCAUGGACUACAACAGGGUCCUGGUCCUGGACAAAGGGAUGGUAGCUGAGUUUGACUCUCCCGCCAACCUCAUUGCAGCCAGAGGAAUCUUCCACAGGAUGGCCAGAGACGCUGGACUUGCCUAAACAUAUUCCUGGGAUUGCCUCCUGGCCCUUCCUGCCUUUCAUCAGUAAGGGCAAGGACACCAAAUCUGUCUGCAGAAUGGACCGGAUGGCCAGCGCUGGGGGCGUGUUAGAUUCUGCCCCUAGAAAGUGGCUCACAGGAUCACCGUCGCCACUGGCUUGAGGCAGAGCCCAGACCAGUCCCCCGUCUCCUGAUCCCCAGUGUCCUGUGAUUCCCACACUUCACCGUUCUCAAUCGUUUCAUGGAAUGACCUCUCUACCCCUUUUGAUUUUUCAUAUUUUCUACUCUGAAGUAUUUUUUUUUAAUAAAGCUUUUUCCUCCUGGAACAGAAGAUGGCUGGGUCAGGCUGUCCCUAGGAACUGAGUCCUGUACUCUGGGGUGCUGGCCUGAAUCCAUUAAAAAUGGAGCACUGAUGAAAUAAAGCUAUGUGGUCAACAGCUUAUACACCCCGAGGUGGCCUGUCUCUGCCCGUUCUCAAGACUUGGGGUUAGGCCCUUUGGAGGAGGUAGACUUUACACACAUCCACGUGGCUGGAAUUAUCUGAAAACUUAAGACUCGAGAGCUUUUGGCUGGAAAUAUUGUCUUCACAUCCAAAAUUCACUGGGAAAUUACCAGUAGUUCCUGCUCUGCUGUGCAGAUAAUAUAAAGGGGGGAGAAAUAAAGCCCCUGAAAUCUGACCCGAGGCCUCUUGGGAAAGCUGCGGUGAACACCUCCAUGUUUACAUCGGCCCCCAGACCUCUCAGCCUGCUUCUCUAGGGGCUGAGCAGUGCAUGGUGCUUUAUUUCCUGCUCCUUUAGAAGUCUGCUCCAGACAGGGCCCCACCACCAGCAAGGCCUCCGACUCACUCACCUUCCUGGGUCGGGCCGCAGCUGAAUGUGGGAGCACAGAGGAGCCCAGAGGCUGCCCCUGCCCUGACAGUCCCAGGCAGGUGAAGGAGAUGAGGGCGGGAAUUAAAUUUGCAUUCUUGAGCAAGCCAGUGAAGUAUUUUUCUGCAGGUCACUCAGCCUGGCACAAGGCCUUAUAUUUGGAAUGGAUCUCUUCUCUUUGUUACCUUCCUAAGUUUUUGGGUGUCCUCUGAGCCUCUCAUUUCCUCGACCUUUAUUCUCGGUACGAUGUGAGUGGUUGUGAGUGAUGGUUUGUUUUUCCCCUACCCGAAAUGGUUUGCAGUAGGUGUGGAGAUGGCUCCUUUGAUCUGGUUUUUCUCCAUGCACUGGGUUGGCCUGUGCUGCAGGACCAUUUGUUAAAGGUUAAUCACAUUUUUUUUGGCAGGCUGUUUCUGCCCAGGAUGUUUAUGAGUGUAUGGAAGAAGACUUCCAUCCUUGUGAUAAAGCAAGUAUGAAAGCACAAAUGCCCAAAUUAUUCUACCUCUCCUCGGUGCUAAGAAAAGGUCUCUGCUCUGCUCCCUGAUUUAUUAGGCCAAUUUGGCAUGACGUCUGCUGUGUGAGGCCCUAGCUGCCCCAAACCAACAGAAACGCAGAUUAUCCGGCAUCCUUCUCAGCUGAAGAUCUGAAGGUGUGAGGCUCUAUUUCCUCUCCUGUCUCAGGAGUUUGCUUCUGAGCUCAUUGAGGCCCUGACAGGUGCUGACAGCCCAAAGGAGAGCCUCAGUUGUGUAAAGUAAAUAGGAUAAUCAAAAGAUGUGGUUAAUAGAGGAUGACCUCCAUCUCGCUGGCUCAGCUACUCCGGGGAAAUGAAGCUGUGAACCGGGAGGAAAGACAUCGCACAGAGUGUCUGUCCCCAGUGCCACUGAUGGGCUGAGCGCCGUGGCAGCAGCGGAUGGAGGUGGCCCAGGUGGGGAACGGUCCUUCUAUUCUUCCCCAGAGUGUCUUGUCCCUGGGCUCUCCAACAAUUUGAACCCCCUAUGAUUAGAAGUAUAGUGCUGUUUAGGAGGCCAGAAUUACAGAAUAUGACUUAACUCAGUUAAUAUUUAAUUUUAAUAAUAGUUGUUAUGUUUGAACAGUCAGCAAUGCACACAAAAAAAACCUUCAGUGAAUGUUUA